AUGUCUGAACGGUUCACAACUCCUGAGCAGCAGCAAUUAUUGAGAGAGUUCGGCAAACUUAACAGAAGAUGUGAAGCAAUGAGAAGAGCGCUUAAUCCCGACCAUCGAAGAGUGCAAAACUACGACUACCUUGUGGAUAAGAUAUAUUCGCUAAAGUAUCGCGUUCGUAAUUUUGACGCUGCGUUUGCCAAAGAGCACUCGACCAAUGGCCCGCUUAUGCGCAUCUCAGGAUCAUCGCGAGUGCCAAAUCCGUACGCUUUCCUCAGCAUGGUCUUUGGACUCUCUUACUAA